AAAGCCUACAACAUUUCACUGUUAGCUAUUUUGUCAACACACAUACACACACAAACCUCUUUCUCUCUACUAACCCCAUUUUUUCUUUUUCAAUUUAACUCAAAAUCCUCUUCUCUUUCUUCUCCCUUCACAAAUUCAUUCAAAAACAAAUAUGGCUUUAAAACACUCUCUCCUACUCAUUCUUCCUCUCUUAUUUUCCCUUUUUCUCUCCCACCCCACAUCAGGGCAUGAACAGAAUUUUUCUUCUUCUUCUUCUUCUUCUUCUAAGCAGAAGGAAUUGGUAAUUGGGUCAAGACCACCACAGUGCUUUAAUAAGUGCUUAAAUUGCAAGCCAUGUGUUGCUGCUUUGGUUAUUUCUCAGCGCCAUAAUAAUAAUAAUAAUCUUGUUGUUUCUAAUUUGGAGGCAGAUCUUCUUCCAGUUCCUGAAGAUGAUGCUUAUUAUCUUCUCUCAUGGAAAUACUUUAGAGCUCAUCUUAUGGUCCAAAUACCAUACCAGGUUUAAAGAGAAGGGGUCUAAGCAAAAGAAUGUUCUAAGAAAGGAAGAGACUAAUGGGAAAUUGAGAUAUUAUGUUGUGGGUUUGUUUGUAUCGGUUAGUCAUGUGGUUUUGAGUAAUUGAAUGGUCAUAGACAUGAUGAUGAGUAGCAGAAAGAAAACGAUAAUGUUUCUGCUGGACCAAUGUUCAGAUCUUAUGUUUGUGUAUUCAGAGAUAAUAUAUAUAUAUAUACACACAUACUUUUCAUCAAAA